GAAACUGGGAUUGCUUGUGUGAAAUCCAUUCACACCGUGUCUAGCAACCUGCGCGCCAGUUUUUUGUUCUUUUUGGAAUCACAAGGUGGGUCGUCGUGACUUGUGGCGUCAUCCCAGCACCGCCUUAUCCGUGUGACGGCGUGGUGCAUAAGUGGUCAGCACCUUCCAACUGUCACUCGACUUAUCUACAAGUUCUUCUUCCUCCUACACCUACCUUUUCCCUUUGUCAUCCCAGCAAAAAUGGGUGUCUCAUCCAAAUACUUGCUGCUCGUCGCCCUUGCGAUCCUGGUCCUGCUGCCAACCAGUGUCGAUGCCUUUGGCGCCGGCAAUAUCGCUUCUAUCUCCAAAAUCGAGGGGAAAAACUGGCGCCAUGGAGAUAUUGAGGAUAUGCUUGCGACAGUCGCUUGCUUGAAGGGACACAAGUGGAAGAGUCAAAUGAUCAAGCGUGUGUACUUUGGUAACUGGUUACGCGAUUACUCACAGGCUGUUGAUGUUGGUACAUUGGCCAAAGUCCAGGGAGAAACUAUCCGUGUUCUGGUUUGGGUUCUGUCUUUCAUGUCAUUCGGUUAUGCGACUGGAGAAUUUGAGGUCACAGCCGAGAGAUUAGGCGUCUACAGACCCGAAGAACAUAUCGACAAUCCCAAAGACUAUGCUGAUAACGAGGAUGCUCGCAAAUAUGACCCACGUCUUCGUGGCCCGGUAUCAGAAAUUGAGCUUGCCGUUGAUCCUGAGACAGGAAUGAAAAACUACAUUGCCAAUGAGCGGGGUAACUGGGCGACAUCUUCGGGAUACGUAAAAUAUUCAUUUGCGCGAGCCAUCCACUUUGGUCGUUUGUACACCCAUGGUCCUGAAGGCCAGCGAGGACGAGACGAGGACCUGGCAGAAGCGCUUCGUUGUCUUGGUCAGGGACUACACUGCCUCGAAGAUUACGGCGCCCACACAAACUACACGGAGCUGGUAUUGCGGGAACUUGGAUACAAUAACGUAUUCCCUCAUACUGGUGUACAGACUGCCAUCAAUCUCAACGGAAAGCACACCUACCCGCUGGUCACAGGCACGUUUGGUGGCGUUGAUUUCUUCCACUCUGUUCUAGGGGAAGCAAACGAUCACAUCACCCAGACCGAGAUUGAUGAGGUCAACACUGCCCUUGUGGAUGCAGUUUCGUCCAAUGGCAAGAGAUCCGGGGGGGCUGGAGGAUCUGAUCCAUGCGGUGGCUUGAUUGAUGCUCUGAACAUGGUCCCAGGCACUGGCGACCUUGUCAACCAGGCAAGGAGUCUGCAGGCCUCAUCAGAUGCACAAGCUGUAGAGAAUUCCCGCUCCGGGUUUGGCGACUACAGCUCCUCCAGAGCCGGACCUGACCAGUUUGAUGCUCCGCCCGGCUCAGUUGGUGGACCGCCAGGACCGGAUAUUCCAGGAACGAACAUGGAUCCUGCGACUAUCAUUCCUAAGAUCUACCCUAUCCUGGUUUUUAGGGAUAAUGUUGUUCGUAGCAUCUCCAACAUCAUCUCCAAGAUCCCUGGCCUCGAGAAAUUGAUCGAGACCAUCACCGAGCGCGUCACUAUCUUCGUGUUGUCGCUGCUUGCACCUUUUAUCCUCCCAAUUAUCAAAACGGCAUCGGGCCAGCUGAAGAGCGGCUCCUCAGCUGUCAUUGACUCGGCAGCCAAGCACCAAUUUGAAGUCUGGACGGACCCUACCUCGACCAACCCCACGCACAGCAUGCUGUCCAAGGACCAUUUCUCAAAUAUUCUCAACCCGCCUGCCGGUCAGGUCGCCGUAGCGAUCCUUCAAUACGUCGCGCCCCGCGUCAUCUACGCAUGGGACCAUCCAGACGUCCCCGUCGACCAAGUCUUGGACGACGCAGUCCGCGUGUUCCACCACCCUGCUCUCCGGGAUCCCCACUGUGAGGUCCACAACAAUAUGUUCGAGGUAGUCAAGAACUGGGCGCACAACUACCAUGGUAAGGAUCUGAACGACGUUCUCUCCUCAGAGUCGGUAAGAGAAGGCCACAACCACAGCGGUAAUCACGACCACUCCCACGGCCACUCCCACGGUGCAGCAGGCGUAGCCAGUUUUCAAGGCCACAGCCACAGCCACAGCGGCGGCGGCAAUUCGAGCAAACCCUCUGGCAACUCCAACAACCUCUUCGGCUCUCUAGGCGGUAUGGUUCCCGGUCCCCUCGGUGGCCUGCUCAGCGGCCUAGGCGGCGGCAGUAGUACCGGCCAGUCACGCGAAUUCGGCGACGAAGGCCCUGCCUCUCCUACCGGAUUCGCCUACCGCCCCCCUCCCUCGCCCCAACCUUCCCCCCAAUGGUCCAACUUCCACCCUUACCAGUCCUCGUACGCAGGUGAAGCAUACCAGCCUCCCGCCGAGUAUAGCAACGCGGUCCCAGCAGGCGGCUACGGAUGGUCCCACGGUCAGUACUCGGGAGGCCAGGGCCAGGAACCGAGUUAUGCGAUGCCGACGAGUUAUCAGCAGGGCUAUGAGAGUUAUGGGGCUGCACCGGGAUAUCAGGGUCAGCCGCCGGUUCACCACCACCAGCCGCCACCUCAGAAUAGUUAUGGUGGGUAUAGUCAGGGUGGGGCGUAUGAUUCGUAUGAUCAGGGUCAGUCGGGGGGUAGUGGGAGGCAGUGGGGCGGUGGUGGUGCCAAUUCGGGUUGGUAAGACGUCUUUGUAUCGAUAUCCAGGAGUUUUAGUACAAGCGCAGGUGGAGAGGCAUUGGGGUGUGUGUGUGUGUGUGUGUGUGUGUGUCUAU